UUCAGCAGUGUAAUCGAUUGCCAGGCUUGAGAUGGGCAGAGUGCUGUAUACGUGGUGAAGAGCUGUGAACAGCUAACGGCUAAUAAACUGGCUGGUCUACAGUCUCUCCGUGUGUAAUUCUGUAUUUAUGAGGAAUUGUGAGAGUUUUGAAGAGAAGACAUGCUGGAUUUCGCUAUUUUCGCGGUGACGUUUGUUGUGAUCUUGGUGGGUGCUGUGCUGUAUUUGUAUCCGUCUUCUAGAAGAGCCUCCGGAGUGCCAGGCCUCAAUCCCACUGAAGAGAAGGAUGGUAACCUACAGGACAUUGUAAACAGGGGAAGUCUGCAUGAGUUUCUGGUUGGUCUUCAUGACCAGUUUGGUUCAGUGGCAUCCUUCUGGUUUGGCCGGAGACCAGUAGUGAGUCUCGGCUCGGUUGGCCAGUUGCGACAGCACAUAAACCCAAACCGGACCACGGAUUCCUUUGAGACAAUGUUGAAAUCAUUGCUUGGGUACCAGUCAGGGACAGGCGUAGGAGGGACAGAGGCACUGAUGAGGAAGAAGGUUUAUGAAGGUGCCAUUAACAAAACACUGGAGAGUAACUUCCCCCUUCUGCUUAAGCUUGUUGAAGAAUUGGUUGGAAAAUGGGAGUUAUAUCCCAAGUCCCAGCACACCCCACUCUGUGCUCACCUGCUGGGGUUGUCCAUGAAGGCGGUCACUCAGCUCGCCAUGGGCAGUCGCUUUGCAAAUGAUACUGAGGUCAUUAACUUCCGUAAGAACCAUGGAGCGAUCUGGGCGGAGAUUGGUAAAGGUUUUCUGGAUGGCUCUCUUGAGAAAAGCUCCAGCAGAAAGGCUCAUUAUGAAUGCGCACUUGCUGAGAUGGAAUCUGUGCUAAAAUCUGUAAUUAAGGAGAAAAGUGGACGUGGUUCCAGCAAGUCAACUUUUAUGGACUCUCUACUGCAGGCUAAUUUGUCUGAAAGACAGGUAAUGGAGGAAAGCAUGGUAUUCACCCUCGCUGGCUGUGUCAUCACUGCAAAUUUGUGCAUCUGGGCUGUACACUUCCUCUCUAUAUCGGAAGCUGUGCAGGAGAAACUGCAUCAGGAGUUAAUAGAUGUGCUGGGGGAUGGACCUGUCUCCUUAGACAAAAUUCCACAGCUCAGAUACUGCCAGCAGGUUCUGAAUGAGACUGUACGCACGGCCAAACUCACCCCGAUUGCAGCCAGACUGCAGGAGGUGGAGGGGAAGGUGGAUCAGCAUGUCAUCCCUAAAGAAACCUUGGUCAUCUAUGCUCUGGGUGUGGUCCUUCAAGAUGCAGACACGUGGACAUUACCAUACAGGUUUGACCCAGAUAGAUUUACGGAUGAGUCGGUUAUGAAGAGCUUCUCACUGUUGGGAUUUUCAGGAAACCAGGCCUGCCCUGAGCUCAGAUUUGCCUACACAGUGGCUGCUGUACUGCUGAGCACCCUGGUGCGCAGACUCCGGCUACACAGAGUGGAGGGCCAGGUGGUGGAAUCCAAAUAUGAACUGGUGACCACACCCAAAGAUGACACCUGGAUCACAGUCAGCAAGUGGAACUAAACCAGUACACCUCAAUCACAGCCACUCCCAAAGGACAUUUUCUUGAGAUCACUUUGGAGUCUCCAUAUACUGCCCCCUAUUACCGGAAAUCCAGAUAUGGUUGUGUGAUGAUUUAAUUCCUUCCAGGGUCAGUUUCUCAGACCGGGAUUAAGCCUAGCUUUGAACUACAUUUUGCAUUUUGAAUGUAUAUUGUCUUUUAAAAGUUUAAUAUAGUCUGUGACUAGGCUUAAUCUCUGAGUCUAGGAAACUGUCCCAUAAUGUUGGUAGAGACCAGUAUUGUGGCUCAGAAGACUUGUGAUUUCUAAUGUGAUUUUGAUUAGAAUUUUUGAUUAUUAGAAUGUUCAAUGUUAUAUACAUGCUUCUCUUUAGGAAAGGAAUUUGGAUUUGGACCCACACGUCUUCUUUACAGCUAUUUUUUUUUUUACUACUAAUGAUAAUAAUAAUUAAAAAAAAGAUUUUAACAGAUUGACUCUUUUGUUUGUGAAUGGUUGCAAUAUGGCCAAAUUAAUUUAACAUACACUGCCUGGCUACAAAAAUUAAAAAUCGCCACCUGGAUUUAACUAAGCAAAUGAUCUGGGAUCAACAGUAUGUGUGGAAAGAAUGAGGUCAGCUGACUACCUGAAUAUAACUUACUGAAUAUAGACCAGGUUAUUCCAUCAAUAGAAUUGUGAAAGAGUGAUUCAGGGAGCAUGAGAUCAUCAUUUUUACACAUGGAUUGUUCACCAUAGAGUCCAGACCUUAACCUUUUUGAGAAUCUUUUGGGGUGUGCUGGAGAAGACUUUGUGCAGCGGUCAGACUCUACCAUCAUUAAUGAUGCAAGAUCUUGGUAAAAAAUGAAUGCAACAUUGGAUUGAAAUAAAUCUUGUGUCAUUGCAAAAGAUUAUCGAAACAAUGCCACACAGAAUGCAUGCUGCAAUCAAAGCUAAAAGUUGUCCAAGGUGUGACCUUUAUUUGGUGGCACCUUUUUUAAAUAAACAUUACUGAUGCUGGAGGUAUUUUAAAACCCUAAGACAAGGCUUAGUUUUGAAAAUAGUGACCAAAGACUCGUUUGGCUCAACCAGAGCAUUCCCAUUUUCUGCCAGUUUUUUUACAAGACGUUUAAACACUGAUCUGAGGAUUUGCUUGCAUUUAGCCUCAGUUUUACAGAGCUCCUGUGUUCAAGAGAAGAUGUUUUCUUUUUCUCUAGCUGAGGCUUGUCACUGAGGAUCCCAGCCAAUGUGCUCAUAUGGGGUUCACAAGGGCAAUGGCUCUAAGUGGGUUUUUAUAUGAAUGUUGUUUGUUUUUACUGUGACCCGUUUUGGCUCCACAUUCGGGCCCCGUCAGUACAGCCCUUUUUAUCUCACAUGGUCCCAUCUAGACAGGGUUCAACCCAAAUGAAGCCCAUGUUUAACGCAUCCUGGUCCCAACACUGACAACCGUAUGUGUCCAUAUUGGGACCACAUCCAUGAUGGAACCAAGUGAAAUAAAACAUGGGCCCGAUCUGGUUGUAAACUGCACAUAAAAUCUACAUUAGACCCAUUUCAGAUUAAGGACUGCUAGAAUGAUGAGGCAGACUAGGGUCAGCUUCCUAGCUAGCUAACUUUAUAUUGUGUUAAAAUUUUUAUAUUAAAAUGCUUUCUACAUGUUU